AUGUAUUCGUUGUCUUAUAAGUUGUCUUACAGACUGUCACAGGAUCACAUCGAGACAUUUUUCAGUUCAAUUAGGCAGAGAGGUGGAUUCAACAACAAUCCUUCCUGUAAACAGUUUAAGUCAGCACAUAAGAAAUUAUUAGUUCACAAUGAAAUAAGUGGAUCACAAUAUGGUAACUGUAUUGCUAUACUUGAUACAACACAAAUAUCUGUAGUGCAAGUAGGACCAGAUAGUAUUAUAAGCAAUGAGAGUGAACAAGGCAAAAAUAUAACUGACCAUGAUUAUUUUAGAGCAAUACAUAGGAUAACUCCUUUUUUAGAUGAAGUUACAAGUUAA